AUGUCCCUAUACGGCCUGGAGACAUAUCUUGUCAGCCCUUCUGAGCUCAAUACAGCACUCAAGAAGAACGUCUGCAGCAAGCUGUCAACUGCACCCAAGAUUGUUCCACUAUGCGCCUCGUGGUUCCUCCCAAACGAUGGCCGCAAUGGCAAGGAGACAUUCUUGGCUGAGCGCAUUCCUCGCGCACAGUUCUUCGACCUCGAUGCCAUCAAAGACCCCCACUCGCCAUACCCCCACAUGCUGCCGUCAGCAGAAGACUUCGCUGUGGCUAUACGCAAGCUGGGCAUCCGAAGGCACGAUAGCGUGGUAGUCUAUGACAGCAAAGAGCUGGGCAUCUUCUCUGCUCCUCGAGUGGGCUGGACUCUGCAGGCAUUCGGCCAUCCCAAUGUCCAUGUCUUGAACAACUUCUCCAAGUGGGUAGAGGAGGGAUACCCUACAGAGAGUGGGGAGCCAAGUGCCGUUGAUGAGGUCGACUACCCUGUGCCAGAGCUUGACAAGGCCAAGGUCGUAGCAUUUGAAGAAGUCCGCGAAAUUGCGAAGGAGCAAGGUCUAGAAGGCGCCGAGGAAGUCCAGAUCCUCGAUGCUCGAAGCCUGGGACGAUGGAAGGGCACUGAUCCAGAGCCGCGAGAAGGUCUCUCUUCAGGUCACAUCCCUCACUCGAUCUCAGUCCCCGUAUCCGAUCUCCUCGAUGCCGACAGCAAGACACUCUUGCCAGCCGCAAAGCUCCAAGAAGUGUUCAAGUCCAAGAGCAUUGACCCCUCGAAACCCAUCAUCACCAGCUGCGGCACCGGCGUGACAGCGGCAGUCAUUGACGCGGCUCUGACCGAAGCUGGCUUCCCGACCGAACAACGACGGCUGUACGAUGGCAGCUGGACUGAGUGGGCACAAAGGGUAAGGCCAAGCGACCAUCUCAUUCGCAAGUCUGAGUAG